ACUCCCUCCACAGGGCUGGAAAGCAGCGCGAGUAGGGAAAACGAGGCAAAGAUAUGCCAUGGGAUUCGGAGGGAGCACCCAGAGCGGAAAGGGGACCUGAGGCAGGAGGAUGCCCGAAUCUGCAGGAUGAGCUAAAGGCGGGAUGAAGGCAGCCGCGGAGACGCUGAUUGCUGCACCAGGAGGAGCGGAAGAGCGCACGUCCCGGGCCGUCGGAAAGCGGAAGCAGUCCGUAGCCGCCGAGAACCCGCCUCCUGAAAGCGGAAGUACGGCCAUAGAAGCUGGCCAGAGACGCGGGCGGCUAGAGCGACCCAGCGUGAGGCCGCAGGAAAGGCUGGGAGUAGCUGCCGGAGGUGACGGAGCGGCCGCCCCGCCCCUUGCGCUGGAAGACGAGGCUUCCAGCUCCAGACAACUUGAAGCUAGAGCCCCGCACCUCGGUGCCGCCAUGAGUGCGGAGGUGAAGGUGACAGGGCAGAACCAGGAGCAGUUUCUGCUCCUGGCCAAGUCGGCCAAGGGGGCAGCGCUGGCCACACUCAUCCAUCAGGUGCUGGAGGCCCCUGGUGUCUACGUGUUUGGGGAACUGCUGGAUAUGCCCAAUGUUAGAGAGUUGGCAGAGAGCGACUUUGCCUCCACCUUCCGGCUGCUGACAGUGUUUGCCUAUGGGACCUAUGCUGACUACUUAGCUGAAGCCAGGAAUCUUCCCCCACUUACCGAGGCUCAGAAAAAUAAGCUUCGACAUCUCUCAGUUGUCACUCUGGCUGCCAAAGUCAAGUGCAUCCCAUAUGCAGUGUUGCUUGAGGCUCUUGCCCUUCGGAACGUGCGCCAACUGGAAGACCUUGUGAUUGAGGCUGUGUAUGCCGAUGUCCUUCGUGGCUCCCUGGAUCAGCGCAAUCAGCGGCUAGAGGUUGACUACAGUAUUGGGCGGGACAUCCAGCGCCAGGACCUCAGUGCCAUUGCCCGAACCCUGCAGGAGUGGUGCGUGGGCUGUGAGGUUGUGCUGUCCGGCAUUGAGGAGCAAGUCAGCCGUGCCAACCAGCACAAGGAGCAGCAGCUGGGCCUGAAGCAGCAGAUCGAGAGUGAGGUUGCCAACCUUAAAAAAACCAUUAAAGUUACAACAGCAGCAGCUGCUGCGGCUACUUCUCAGGAUCCUGAGCAGCACCUGACAGAGCUGAGAGAACCAGCUCCUGGCACCAACCAGCGCCAGCCCAGCAAGAAAGCCUCAAAGGGCAAGGGGGAGAAGACUAAUCCCCAGCCCCUCUAAAGCCGAGUGCUGGAAAGUGAAAGGAACCAGAUACUGUUUGCAGACUCCUGGCUAGCAGCCGGGAGGCAGACCCUGGGCAGGUUGCUCCUACCUCAGCCCAUGCUCAGAAGUAAUGGGCGCCUACUGAGCACCACCAUGUCCUAACAGUGGAGCUGAGGACUGACCGCCACUGUCCCUACGCCCAAGGACCCGCAGUGUAGGUACUGAGCACCACCAUGUCCUGACAGUGAGGCUGCAGACUGACCACCACUGUCCCUACGCUCACGGACCUGCAGUGCAGUCUGUUCCUUUCACCUCAGAAUCACAAGGGGAGGUGUUGGUAGUGAACUUGAAUUUUCACAUUGAAAACACAUAAAACUAUUAGCUUUGUUGGUCUUUGGCCCUUUUGUUUCCCAAGAAGUAUGGCAGGAGGUCGGCCUAGAAGCGCUGCUUGCUUCCUAGAGGUGGGGGUGCAGUUGAAGAUGCUGUCUUUGAAGAGCCUAGUGGGUCUAGGUAACUGGGCCUGGGCUGUUCUCUAGCUGGGGAUUUAGAACGAAUUUCCUUUUCUGUUUUGGACAGCAUCUAUGUAUGUAGCCCUGGCUGUCCUGGAACUCCUGUGUUGAGCAGGCUGGCCUAGACUCACAGAGAUCCACCUGCCUCCGUCCCCAGAAUGCUAAGAAUACAGACAGGUGUCAUCCUGCCUGACUACAGACAAAUUGCUCUUAACUGCUUAAACUAGCAGUCAUUGGGCCAGACAGUAGGGGCAAAGUCCUUUUGUUUUUUGUUUGUUUAGGGGUAGUUAUUAUUGAGACAGGUCUUGUGCAUUUCAGGCUAGCCUUGAAUGGCCUUGAGUUUAGGAUCCUCCUGCCUCCAGCUGAGUGCUGGGAUUCCGUGUGUUUACCACUCUUGGUUUCUCAGCUUUGCCCUAGAUAAGCAAGCUGCUUGACUCUCUUGCUUCUGAAAUAAACCUUUUUUGUUCCAGACCCUGUAGUGUACGGAAGGUGCCAGUUUCUGGUGUUCUGAGCCUGUCCUCUGACCCCUACCCAUGCCCCGGCUUUUCCCUUGGAACUUAGUUGUCUCCUUUCGUGGAGACCGGUUCCAGACCACUGCUUCUUCAUUCAACAUUAACAGUCUGAAGUGCCAAGAUAGCUUUGAAC